GGAGAUUGGGGAGAGAGAGCGAGCGAGCGAGCGACGGAGGGCAGGCAGGCAUACAGACAACAGCAGAAUCCGAGCAGGACGCGCGCAUCGCAGACAAAGGAGCCGAGAAAAGUGCCCAUCGAGUCCACAGGAGACAAGAGGCACGCAAUGGGGUGAGGUGCGGGAGGGGAGUCCGCAGACUCGCGAGAGUUCUGUCCUGCCUGUGAAGAUGUAUCCACUACACAGAGAGAGGGAGCAGCCGAUAUAUAGUACCAGAGCACAUGUCUUCCAGAUUGACCCGACAACUAAAAGGAAUUGGAUUCCAGCCAGUAAGCAUGCUGUCACUGUCUCAUUUUUUUAUGAUGCCACACGGAAUGUGUACCGCAUUAUCAGCGUUGGUGGAACAAAGGCAAUCAUCAAUAGCACAGUUACUCCCAACAUGACAUUCACAAAGACAUCACAGAAGUUUGGCCAGUGGGCGGACAGCAGGGCAAACACGGUAUAUGGCUUGGGUUUUGCAUCUGAGCAGCAGCUGCAUCAGUUCUCGGAACGGUUCAAGGAAGUGAAGGAGGCAGCCCGGCUGGCUCGGGAAAAGUCCCAAGAUAAAAUUGAGCUGACCAAUCCAGCUUUGAAUAUUGCUGCCCCUCAGCUGUCACAGGACUAUUCAGAAGAUCUGCAGUCUCCUCCUGUCCAUCCGCUCUGCAUCAAUGGCCCUAUGGAGGACAAGCUGUACCGUAGCCAAAGUGCCGACAUUGAGUUGUCUUCUGAAAAAGAGCGCAUAAAAAAGAUGCUGUCAGAAGGUUCCAUCUGUGAGAUGAAUUGGGAAGCGGAAUUAUUCACCCUGCAGGACAGCAAUACUAAGCUGGUGGCAGCCCUGCAUGAGGCCAAUGCCAAUGUAGAACAAUGGAAGAAGCAGCUGGCUGCAUACCAGGAAGAAACGGACCGGCUGCGGGAGCAGGUGGCCAGUCUGGAGACUCAAAGCAGUCGGCAUUCUUCAAAUGAGGCAGGGAAAGAUGAGCUGAGCCAGUCGCUUGGCGAGCUUGAGACUCUACUGAAAGCAAAAGAUGAGGAGAUUCAAUUGCUUCAGAGCAAGAAAUCCGAUUUCCACGAGUUGGAGAGGGAGCGGGAAGAGGUACUACAACGCCUACAGGAACUGGAAAUGCAGAAUGCUGAGCUUGAAAGACGGGCACAGAAUGCGGAGCAGAGCCUCGCCAGCUCCCUGGAGGAGCGUGAACGGGCAGAAAGGGAAGUCCAGAGAAUCCUUGACAUCCUUGAUGUCAAGAUAUUCGAUUUGACUGAUUUACGGCAGAGUCUAGCCAAAAUGGUGGAGAAGUAAAAAUGAAGAGUUGCCUGUCUCAUGGGUGGAAGGAAAGAAAAAAAAUCCACCAGUAAUUUUCUACAGGAAGAAGAAAACGAAGCACAUGAAACCAAUAGCCAACGUUGUCUGCAGCCUGCCAAAUUUAGAGCAUCCUGUACAGUAGCCUUCAGGAAAACGUGUCAUAGAAGUAGCAGUGAGUCGCAUUUUUUAGGAAGCCAGCCAGCCACCAUCUCCCCUGCAAAGGCAACAACGGAACUGAACUGGAUGAGGAAGUUGUGUUGGUGUGUUGUGUCAUGGGGUUCCUCAUAUAGCGAGGGGCUGGAAUUAGGCUUCCAACAGCAAUAAAUGGCAUGGAUACACGUCUGUGUAAAAUUCAGACCUGCUGGUAGGUGGUCCAGCAUUAACAUCUCAAUAUGGGAGAUAUCAGAGGUUGCUGGCAGCCCAGGUGCUUUGUUAUUAUGGUCAUACGGUACAUCUGUUCAGCCAGCCAGAUAGAUAAAAUAAGAAGCAUAAUUAGGAACAAAAAUAUUCCUCCAAAUUUGGUAGAUGGUGCAGCUUGGAGAGUAGUGGAUACAGUUUGCGAUGCAGGAUUCUUCAAACUAAAUCGAUAAAGAGGCCCACUAAAACCUCUCAAAUACUGAGUGUAGAUGUUCGCUUUCUGCACAACACAAAAAUACAGGCAUUUGCACUUGAUGGUCAGAGAGCCAUGUUGGUUGCAAAGCUUUAAUGAUUAGGCUCCAACCUUGGAAGCCAACACAUAUAAUGGGAUUGUUCAGUUUAUUGUGACCAUUUAAUUAAAUAAAAUGUGUUGCCGUAGAAUCUCACCGAGUCAAGAUCUACUUCAUCAGCAUGACUGGGCCACUUUGAAAUUGGGGAUCAAUGCUGUGAUCACUUCACGCAAAAUUCAGAGGGGAAAAAAGUCCUAGCUGCCUCAGCCAAGCUGUAGCAUAACAUUGUCUUCACAUCUCAUUCAAAAAUAUAUUACUAGUGUAGCUAGAAAUUGCAUUUUUGUGAUUGCACUGUAUAUGGAGCGAUGUGACACAAGCUUAUUGUGUUUAGUUGUUAAAAGUUUUAGUUUCUCCUGAAAUGCAGAUUGGUUAGUCACGUAUUUUAUAACAGGGUGGGAAGGUUUGACAUCCCCAAUGGUAACUCUUAAAAUUCCUGUAACACAUGACCACUGCCACAUGCUGAGCUCUCCACUUGAAAAGCUGUGGUUCAAAUGUGCCCAUAGUGCCCUGUCUCGGGCACUGAUGGUAAUAAGUGGGUUUAGAGCCUUUUGCUGGAUGUCACUCAUUUAAUAUGUUUAACAGUAGCCAGGGCUACACAAACAUUACUGCCACACAUCAGUGAUUUAAAUAAUUAGUAUAUCAGUAAAUAUCCCAUAUAGUAUAAACAUAUUAUUCAUGCUCCGAUAUUUACAAAUCAUAUUCUUGCUCUACCUUGCUUGCCGAUUCCUUUUCAGGUACAUACUCGUGGUGAAAGUCAUUAUUGGUCAAUAAUAAGCAGGCAUGGCUCCCUUGAUGCUUUGACUGAAUUAUUUGGAUGUGAUAAAUUCUUAAUCAUGUGAUCCUUUGUUGUAGCACAGCAAGCAAGCAAGAACAGUAAAACCCUUGUUUGGUGUAAGGUUGUCUUUUUUUCAUGAGAAGUUCUGAGUCUGUAUUUAUGACAUGACGCAAAUUCAUGUGAGCACAUCACAGUUUCUCAUGUCUCAAUGUGCUGCUCUGAGGUUUAGUGUUGUUUCCUCAACUUAAGUGCCAUUCCUAAACUGGUAUUUCUUAGCUUGUGGACCGAUCCUCUCCUGUACACGGCUGACAUGUUAACUGGUAGUAGUCACAGAUACCAAAUACAUAGUGUAGGUCAUGAGCAUCUGAAGAGAGCCACACAGUCCUCUCCAACAGUUGUUUCCACGGGUAGAAUGGAAUCAUUCAAUUAGACAGUUCUGCAAAUUCAAAGUGAACUUGAGGUUAAUUUAGUUUUAGUGAAGGGUUCAGACCCUUUCACUAUAUACAGUGUGUGUGUGUGUGUGUGUAUAUAUAUAUAUAUAUAUACACACACACAUAUUUAUUCAAUCACCCAGAAUGACAAAGUGAAAACAGGGCUUUAGAAAUUUUUUACAUUUAUUAAAAGUAAGACACAACUAUUCAUACCCUUCACUCAGUACUUUAGUUACAACCUGGAGUUUCCUCGUGUAGGAUAUUACAAGCUUCACACAAGUGGAAUUUUGGGGAUUUUCCAUGUGGAUCAUCUCAGGCUUUUGCAAGUUGGAUGGAGUCUGCUAGCAGACGGCCAUUUUCUGUUGUCAGGUCCAGGUUCCACAUCGGUCGUUCCUAAUUCACUCCUGUAUUGUCUUUGCUUUGUGGUCGAGGUCAUUGUUCUGGUGGAAGAUGAGUGCUCCUUAAAUAAGUGUAUCUCUGUACUUUUUCCCCGUUUAGCUUCCCCUCAGCCCUGACUAGUUUCCCAGUACCCUCACCUGAGAGUGGCACCACUACACUUCACCAGUGAAAUGGUAUUUUACAGUUGAGAAGCAUUGGCUGGUUUCCUACAGGCAGGUUAGCUUGGAAUUGAAUUCAAAUGGGUAAUCUUGGUGCUUGUAGGGUGAAAGUCCUUCAGGUACCAUUUUUGCAAAAUCCAAAUGGACUACUUUGCGUAUUUUACUGAGGAGAGGCAUCUGUCUGUCCAUUCUGCUAUAAAGCUCAACUUGGUCGAUUAAUUCAAAGACGGAUGUCCUUCUGGAAGUUUCUCCCAUCCCUACACAGGUUCUCUGAAGUUGGGUUUUGGGUCACUUCACUCAUCAAAGCCCUCUGCUUAGUUUGGCUGGGUGGCCAGUAAAGUCAUGGUGGUUCUAAUCUUCUUCCACUUAAGAUGCAUGUGCUCUUGGAAACUGUUAAGUGCUGCUGCUUUUUUUUUUUUGGUAGCCUUAACCCAGAUUUGUUCCUCAAUUCAAUUCUAUCUCCAGUAUUUGCUGGCAGUGCCUCAGACCUCAUCAUUUUGUCUUCGCUCAACUGUGGGACCAUCUUUUGACAGGUGCGUGUCUUUUCUAAUUAUGCCCACUCAAAGGUAUUGAGCAAAGGUGGCUUCUACACAAGGUACAGAAACAUCUCAGUGAUGAUCAAUAGCAUGGUCUGAGCGCUCAUGUAAAUCUGAUGUUAGCUGCUCACUUUUAAUAAAUCUGCAAAACCUG